CGAGCUCUCUCCGGAAAUAGCCGAGCCCGCCCGGCACUGGUCCCGCUCCUUUGCGGUCCCGCCCCCUGCCGCCUGCGGGCGGGGGUCGCUCCAAGAUGGCGGGCGUGCCGGCCGUGCGCAUCAGCAUCGAGUCGGCGUGCGAGAAGCAGGUGCAGGAGGUGGGGCUGGAUGGCAGCGAGACCUACCUCCAGCCUCUCUCCAUGUCCCAGAACCUGGCGCGCCUGGCGCAGCGCAUCGACUUCAGCCAGGGCUCCGGCUCCGAGGAGGACGAGCCGGGCUCUGCGGGCCGGCCCUGGGCCGAGCCGGGCGAGACGGAGGAUGAGGAAGGGUUGGUAAAGUUCCAGCCAUCCCUCUGGCCUUGGGAUUCAGUGAGGAACAACUUAAGAAGUGCCUUGACUGAGAUGUGUGUGCUGUAUGAUGUCCUUAGCAUUGUGAAGGAUAAAAAGUUCAUGACUCUAGAUCCAGUCGGGCAGGAUCCCCUUCCUCCAAAACAAAAUCCUCAGUUUCUACAGCUGAUUUCAAAAAAGAAGUCAUUAGCUGGAGCAGCUCAGAUCCUGUUGAAAGGUGCAGAAAGAUUAUCCAAAUCAGUUGCUGAAAAUCAGGAAAAUAAGCGACAAAGAGACUUCAACUCUGAACUGCUAAGAUUGAGACAACACUGGAAGCUGAGAAAAGUGGGAGAUAAAAUUCUUGGUGAUCUGAGCUACAGAAGUGCAGGCUCCCUUUUUCUUCAUCAUGGCACAUUUGAGGUAAUAAAGAACACUGACAUUGACCUGGAUAAAAAGAUACCUGAGGAUUACUGUCCUUUGGAUGUUCAAAUUCCAAGUGAUUUAGAGGGAUCAGCAUACAUCAAGGUUUCUAUUCAAAAACAAGCACCAGACAUUGGUGACCUUGGGACAGUCAAUCUCUUCAAAAGACCCUUGCCAAAAUCAAAACCAGGUUCAGCACACUGGCAGACAAAGUUGGAGACUGCACAGAACGUUCUUCUAUGUAAAGAAAUUUUUGCCCAGCUGUCACGAGAAGCUGUUCAAAUUAAAUCACAGAUUCCUCACAUUGUAGUGAAAAAUCAGAUAAUCUCCCAGCCUUUCCCAGGUUUGCAGUUGUCUAUUUCUCUGUGUCACUCCUCCAAUGAUAAAAAGUCACAAAAGGCUGCUUCUGAAAAACAGAAUCCAGAGGAUCAUCUCUAUGUUCUGGAACAUAAUUUACAUCAACUUAUCAGAGAGUGUCACAAGCAAACCCUGAGCUCGACAGUGAUGCCACAUCCUGCUAGUGCACCUUUUGGCCAUAAGAGAAUGAGACUUGCAGGGCCCCAAGCUUUUGAUAAAAACGAAAUCAGUUCUUUACAGUCGAAUGAAGGACUUCUGGAGAAGAUCAUAAAACAGGCAAAGCACAUAUUUUUGAGACGAAGAACUGCUCGAACCAUUGACAGUCUGGCGAGUCGUAUUGAGGAUCCUCAGAUUCAGGCUCACUGGUCCAAUAUCAAUGAUGUUUAUGAAUCCAGUGUUAAAGUUCUAAUAACUUCUCAAGGAUAUGAGCAGAUAUGCAAAUCCAUUCAACUACAGCUGAACAUUGGAGUUGAACAAAUCAGAGUUGUGCACAGAGAUGGAAGAGUUAUUACAUUGUCCCAUCAAGAGCAAGAACUGCAGGAUUUCCUUUUAUCUCAGAUGUCACAGCACCAAGUGCAUGCAGUCCAGCAGCUUGCAAAGGUUAUGGGAUGGCAUGUGCUGAGUUUCAGUAAUCACGUUGGUCUGGGGCCGGUGGAGAGCAUUGGCAAUGCUUCAGCAAUAACUGUAGCAUCACCAAAUGGAGACUAUGCCAUUUCAGUCCGUAAUGGUCCGGAAAGCGGCAGCAAAGUCAUGGUUCAGUUUCCACGGAGCCAGUGCAAGGAUCUCCCCAAGGGCGAUGUCCUGCAGGACAGCAAGUGGAAUCAUCUCCGGGGGCCGUUCAAGGAAGUGCAGUGGAAUAAAAUGGAAGGGCGUAACUUUGUGUAUAAAAUGGAACUCCUCAUGGCUGCCCUAACUCCUUGCUAGUGAAGCAUCAGUCUCUCUCUGAGUGCUUUGAAGUGUCUCUGUGCAGUGGUAACUGCCAGUGCAGCAAAGGGAGAGGGGAGCUAUGGGCCAAUACAAGAAAGCAAAAUCAAAUUUAUUUCCUGUACAGAAAUAACCAUUUUGAUAUUUGUAAAAAAACCUUCUUCAGUGGCAUAUAAAAUACAUACAAUUUUUUGUAAAAGUUCCUUUCAUCUAUAUCUUUGAAAUUUGCUCUGUCCAGCGUGACAUAGAUAAGUAAUUAAUGUAUUUUUUGUUUAUAAAAUUAAAUUUGGUAGUCCUCAAGUUGAAGCAUUCUUGAGUUGGAAUUUUUGUACAUUGAUGGGGAUUCUGGGCGACCCCUUUAUUUUUGAGAAAUAUGUUUCCUUGGCAGUUUAACUUGAGAGAGUUACAAAGUCACUGCCUGUGGCAAAAGUCUUUCCUCUCUGAUGGCCUGUGUCAUGUCAGCUGCUUUGCUUGUUUUUUGACCUUGUUUUUUGCAAGUAUGUAGAGGAGACGGUCUUACUUGGCUGGCAAGUUCUGACAGUUUGAGUUUGUGGGUGACUUGUGUCUUAGUGACUGGAUAGAAGGAGGUAACUCAUGCAGUAGACCUCCACACUUGAGCAUCUGCGUCUUUUUCCUGCAUUCUCCAUGAUUAUCAUCCAGGGAAAUAAUAUCUUCCCAAAUAUCAGCUCUCUUGAGUUCUUUCAAAAUAAAAGUCAUGUUUUUUAUA